UUUCGAUUUCCUCAAGUUAGUUGUAAUUUCGGAUUAUAGUUAAUUAAUGUUUUUACUGUCCUUAAUUAAUCAUCACGAGAGGGAGGUCUGCGCACAAGAAAGAAGAAGAUGCAAAAAGGCGACAGAUCGUUCAAUGAGAAUCCUCGCGUGGUGCGCGUGACUUUUUUUUCGCUUUGAUUUCGCGACAAAUUCGUACCAGCGUCGCGUUUCAAAACGCGUUUUCCAUAAAACAUCAGUAUGAAAGCGCUUCCUCGACACGAGGGCCGAAAUGUUCUUCCCUCAUCGUAGUGUUAGUGUCCGUCCUGUGCAUGCUCAGCCUUCAAACGGCUGUUAAUCAUACCGCAAUAUUCUCGUAUAAGUACGCGGCAAUUAUGUGUUCGCAGACGUUGGCCAACGCGUCUCUUGUCACGAGAAAUAUAUAUAUGAUUCAUAGAAAUAUGUGAAAUUCUUAUUAAACAAUGUCAAGUUCUCCGCGAUCAGACACGUAAUAACAAUGCAUUAUUAAUAACGCAGGCGCAUGAUAAAUAGAUUCUGUUUUUUUUUAAGUAUUUUUAUUAAUGACUGGCGUUAAUUGCUCUUACAAAGCAAGAUCCACAAAGGAAAUAGAUAUUUAAUUUUUUACAUUUUCCAUUACACAUGUGUAUUUCGAUAUAUGUAUAGGCAUUGUUCAGCUUUACACACCUUAUUUCGGCACGCACGCUCCUUAUCUUUUUGCCGCAUUACAUCGUAUUUACAUCUAUGAAAGAAUGUAAACAUUACUUCCCUCAGUAAAUACCGAGCGAUUCUGCUAAGUCUCGCAUUAUCGAUAUUACCUGGUAAUAAUCUUGUUAUGCCGAACUCUUUUUCCAACAUUAUCUAUUUUAAGUGGCAUGACAUUAAUAUUGACAAGACCUCUGCUAAAAGAAAUCCGCUUUUAAUUGGCUUCUCGUACUGCUCGCCUUCGUUCCGUACCGGAUCAAUUCUCUCACGUUGGAACUCACAGGAGCGGAUGACGUCAAAGUUCUAUGAGCUCUAAACCUCCCACCAAGAGUCCGACUUCCUAGUUGGAUGUCCUCGGCGCAGAUGCGGUUUUCGGGAAGGGGCAUCACGGCGUUCGCCGAGGACAUCGAUCAGCAGUACGCGAGAUGUCAUCGAUAGGAUAGGAUCGCCACCGGAUGUAUUCUGAUGGAUGUCACUCCGCAUACUUAUCGGAGCUUCGGUGCCGGCAUCCGUUUUCGAAAGAUCUUGCCAAAAGAACAUUAAACACUCCCUGUCAAAUCUACAGAAUUCUUUAGAAAUAUCAUUCAGCAGAAUGACAUUAGCGAGCGUCUUAAGAUGAAGCCGCGUCGAGGUUGCUGCAACUCGUCCGGAGUCUUAUUUCGACAUGGUCUGCGAGCGCAGUCUGCGUUUUUAUUGACUAAACGAGAAACGCUAGCGAACGCCAGCCGCCGCUCGGACAAAUCGAUAAACCGGCGCGAGCUAUUGCGGCGGUGUCGAGAUUUUCCAAAGUCUAACAACCCCUCGGUGUAGGAGAAAGCGUCGACUUAUACUCCUGAUUUUCAAUUCGGAGCGACGACCGAUCAGGAUGAUGACUUGCUGGGUCCUCGUUGGCGUCUUCGCUGCCGUAGUACUCAUUUACAGUCUCAUUGAACUGCAUUAUUUCCUGCGGAUAUGCCUGACCGUCUUCCUCGCACGUUACUGCAAAAGAGUGCACAUUCUCGACGAAACCGUAGUUUACGGUAUCUGCACCACGACGGAUGUGGACGCCCUUUUAUAUCACAUGAACAACGCGAGAUAUCUUCGCGAACUCGAUUUUGCGAGAGUCGAUUUCUAUGAGAGGACAGAUCUUUAUCGAGAGGUUUGUUCUCAAGGAUCCGGCGUAGUACAAGGAGCUACUACUAUACGAUACAGACGCUUUAUUAAGCCGCUAAUGAUUUUUAAAAUAACGUCUAAGAUUAUUUAUUGGGACGAUAAAAGUUUUUUUAUGGAGCAUCGAUUUAUUACGCCGAGCGAUGGUUUCAUUAGAGCCAUUGCGAUUUGCAAACAGAGACUUCUUGAUUGUAAUGCUGACACUGUUAUCGGUGCUUUAUUAAAUCGUACGGUGAAACAGAAGGGAAAUGUCGAAGCAGGUGUGACGCAGGUGCCUUCUAUACGGCCGGAAAUGCCACCCGAAGUGAGUAGAUGGAUAGAGAGCAAUGAGAUAUCCUCGGCAAUAUUGAGACAGGAGCCAAUCCUUACGACGCAUUGCUGACAAAAGGAUGCAACGACGUCCAGCAAUGACGUUGUUGUGACACCGAUAUACACAACUACGACUGUGUAAUAAAAAUAUCGGAAUGCGAUAUGUACUCUUGAUCUCGAAUCUUUAAUCAUCAGACAUUCUGGCGAGAUUCCUGGAUGAAUUAAUUAUAAUUUAUGGCUGUUCUUGCAACUUGAACGUUUAAUUAUUUAUGACAUGGUGAAAACUUAGCGCGUUAAAAAGUUUUCAAAGUAAA